GUGGUCGGCGGUGCCUGGCUUUUCAGCCGGCUCUACUGUAACAUCUUUGUCACGCUAGAUGUGAUGAUGUGCACCGCCAGUAUCCUCAACCUGUGUGCUAUCAGCAUUGACAGGUACACAGCAGUGGUGAUGCCCGUCUUGUACAACACCACCCAUCGCUCCAGGAAGAGAGUUUUUAUGAUGAUUGCCACCGUCUGGGUGCUGGCUUUCGCUGUCUCCUGUCCCCUGUUGUUUGGUUUCAACACUACAGAUGACCCUUUGGUGUGCUCGAUCUCCAACCCUGAAUUUGUGAUCUACUCCUCUGUGGUGUCCUUCUACCUGCCGUUUAUCGUCACUCUCCUGGUCUAUAUCCGCAUCUACGUCUUCCUUAGGAUGCGACGGAAGAGGAUCACCUUUGGCCAGGUCAGCGGGAAGGUGCAGCCAGGCUCGACGCCGCCAUCUGUGGAGACCUGUCUACAGGAGGAGACUCCCAAGGCGAGGCAAGACCUGUCACCCAUCCGAAUUAAAGUGAGUGUGGAGCCUUCAGGUCCAUCCAAGCCCAACCUUCUGUCGGGAUGCCUGUGGGGGAAACGCCCUAAGACGGGACCUGUUGAGAACUUUAUGCGGCCCCCGGUGGACAUGCACAACUGCUGCAGCAUCAGCCACGCUUCCUGCGGACGCACAGAGCUGGAGCUGGACCAGGAGCGUCGGGAGGAGGAGGCCGAGGAGCACAACCAGAAUGAAAAGCCUGCCAUCAGGAUGGGCUGCGAGGUGAAGGAUCUGUCCAAUGGACGAACACACACGUCACUGCAGUCGACCCCUUAUUCUCACAACAAUCCACGAUUCAGGAGCAUGCACGCGCGGGAGAAAAAGGCCACACAGAUGCUCGCCAUUGUUCUUGGAGUGUUUCUCAUCUGCUGGCUGCCUUUCUUUGUGACUCACAUUCUGAACACCCACUGCAGGACAUGCUACGUGCCUCGGCUUUAUAGUGCAUUCAUGCUGGGGUAUGUCAACAGUGCCCUCAACCCCAUUAUCUACACAACCUUCAACAUCGAGUUCAGACGGGCCUUCAUCAAGAUCCUCAGCUGCUGAUGGAGACAGAGCACCAGGAAAUUAAAAUGGAAAUGAGGCUGUGCACUUGAGCAGCAACUCUCUUUCCAUACAUUUU